GUGUCAAACAGUAGGAUGUGAAAAUGAUCGAAAACUCUCCAGAUAUACGAACUAACCCAUUCCCCUGUAGCCUGCAGCGGCACUUUGGAUAAUUUAACCACCGGAUACAGCCGUAUGUAACGCUUUUAUAGAUUAACCGUUCCUCUUUAGUUUAGCUGUAGAAAAUAGAUUUAACUCACUUUAGAAGCAGCGACAUUGACCGUCGAGCUAACUUAGUUAGCGACAGUCGAGCUAGCCGGGUCGGUAAAGUAGCUAAACUACACUAGCAUAGUAACCGGCUUGGUUAACAUUAACAUGUAACUGAUGUAGAGCUGGCAGUGUAAACGUUAGAUAGCCUCUUAGGAUAGUUGCUUGGUCUCAUUCUGUAAGCGUUCACCGCGGUCCCAGCAGCCGGGCAGCUGGCUGGCAGCGGGGCUGAUCCCUGAGCAGCAGAGAUGUCUCGGAGGCGGCUGGACAGUCGCAGCGGGCCGGCGGCGGGGCUGCUCUGCGAGUGUCAGACCCCCAUCAGCACGGAGCCCAUGGAGAGUGUGUAUGAAAUCACCGGAGAGCUCGGGAGGGGAAAGUUUGCUGUGGUGAAGCGCUGUGUGGAGAAGGCCACGGGGAAAGUGUUUGCUGCCAAGUUCCUCCGGAAGAGGAGGCGAGGUCGUGACUGCCGGGCCGAGGUCAUCCACGAGAUGGCGGUUCUGGAGACGGCCCGCAACAACACCCGCGUGGUCAACCUGCACGCUGCGUACGAGACGGACCACGACAUCGUCCUCAUGCUGGAAUAUGCGGCCGGUGGAGAGAUAUUUGACCACUGUGUGUCUGAGGAGCUGCUGCCAGAGGUCCAGAUCACCAGACUCAUCAGACAGACCCUGGAGGGGGUCCAUCACCUGCACCAGAGCAGUCUGGUGCACCUAGACCUGAAGCCGCAGAACAUCCUGCUGACCUGCCUGUCUCCUCCUGGCGACAUAAAGAUCGUAGACUUCGGCCUGGCCCGCAGGCUGGGAGCGGUCGGAGAGCUCAGGGAGAUCCUGGGAACGCCGGAAUAUGUGGCUCCAGAGAUCCUGAAUUAUGAGCCCAUCACAACAGCCACCGACCUGUGGAGUGUGGGGGUGAUAACCUACAUGUUGGUGACGGGCGAGUCUCCGUUUGCUGGUGACGACAAGCAGGAGACGUACCUGAACGUGUCGCAGGUGAACGUGGACUACAGCAUGGAGGCCUUCUCCAGAGUGUCGGAGCUCGCCGUGGACUUCAUCCGCAAGCUGCUGGUCAAAACGCCUGAGGACCGGCCCACCGCUGCAGAGUGCAUGAGCCACCCCUGGCUGUGGCAGCUGUGUCUGUACCCCGAACCGGCAUCCACCCGCACUGUUCGCGAGAGAAGCUGCGGCGCCAAGUGGGGGGCCCCAGCCGAGGACAAGGAGAACUUCCUGGAGUCGCCCCACUCGCACGCUAAGAAGUUCCGCUUCGAUGAGGAAAGGCCUGCCGCUGGAGAUGGGGACAUUUGAAAAGUAAAAGGUGGAUGCAGGAGGGGUGAGGCGGGGGUCUCUUCCUGUGAGAUUUUUUAUUAUUUUAAGCCUCCAGAAAACCAGCUGUCUGUCACCAUUCUAAGUACUUAAAGUGUGUUCAUGUUUCACUAAUAGCUAAACUCCAUGAUGGACCUUUCAGACCAAAGAUAACCAGCUAAAUCCUGAGAUCCAUCACUGAUCCAUCGCUGAUAAAGUGUGAAAUUGUACAGAAUGUUUCAAUUAAUGCCGUGUGUUUAACCUUAAGUAUUUAAUACCUUUCCUAAUAAUCAUGUUGGUAUAUUCAGCCCUCUGUCAGCGUCCGGCUGCUCCUGUGCUGAUGGAGGCUAGUGAGGACUGUUUCUAGGGAAAUCUAUGCAACUCUUCUGUCGUGCAUUUUAAAAUCUAUUUUCUCCAGACAGCAUUUAAUAGCGCUCUGCCUUAAAGUGGGAAGUGAAGUGUUCUUAGUCACUGCAGCUUCAGCAGAAAUGUGAUAUCCAGAUAAGCACCGGUCUACAGGGGAGAGGUGGCUUUAUCUUUGUGCCGCUGUAUUAUAGGAAGCCCUUUGACUUUGGUGACAUGAGACUCUCACUAUCUACAGACUGCUUAAAAAGAACCAGCAGAGGGGCUGGAAUACACACAUGCAUUACAUUCCAGAUGGGGUUUAAAUGUAGCUCAGGUUUGUGGAUGCAACUAUAGCAUAGCUUCCACUUGGAAUCCACUUUUGUACUGCUUCUUUAGAAGGGCUGAACAUGAGCAAUAAUGACACAGCAUUCCUGUGUAUCCUGACAUAGAAACUUCAAAGUUAAUGGCUGAGAACAGUGAGUCAUGCAGCGGUUCACACACCAUGCCGCACCUACUCACAUCACUUCCUCCGCUGUGAAGCUCCUCUCUUCUAGCCGGAGAGCAGACACACAACGUUAGCACUUACCUCAUCAGCACACACAUUGAAGUGAGGAGCUGUGUGUUCCUCAGCCCCUCCGAGCCAUCCAGGGUCCUUCAUGAAGCCAGCAGUCAAACGUAUUCCUCUUCACUCAUCUCAGGGCAUGCUGCUCUCUAUGCUCACUCUGUUUUCUUAAUGUUAUUCUUAUAAGCCUAUUAUUAUUAUUAUUAUUAUUAUUAUUAUUUAUGUGCUGGACUCAUAUUUUUAUGUAAAUAAUUUGCUCAUGUGUCUUAUUAGGUAGUGUGAGAGGAUGGUGGUGUUAUUUAAAACAAGCUGUUUCCAGUGUAAUGAAAUAAUCAAGUGUUUGACUGCAGGGAGUUGGGGAGAAGGAAGUGAAGGAUAGAUUGUUCAGGUGGUACCCAGGAAGUAAAGCGAGAGAAGGUGACGAGGAAGAGAUAAGACUGGAAAUGUGCUUUUGAAGGAAUAGUUUUGGGGUAAAAAUCCUGGGUUAUUCCUAAUGAAGUUGUGAUGUUGAGUGUAAACAUAUGUAGGGAUGAGAGUGUUGAUGAUUUGGUUUUAGAAGAUGUGACACAACCGAUGUACAAUGCUCGAUAUGAGGCGCUCUCCUGAAGAGGGGCAGUUGCUCAUCCACUCAAACAUUCCUCCUCUGUUCCGAGGUGCCAAAGCCAAUGAGAGCUCAUUGUGUUGUUGUUUGUUGUUGUCACCAGCUGGUACCAUGGUCUGUGUGUGGGGGGGGGGGGUCAGGGCGUAUCCAGCCACAGCCAUGCUGUCAUCUGUAUGCUGUCGUUCUCAAAAAACUGGAACACACCACCCUGUAAAAGAUUUUCCUCAGGACGGGUAUUUGAUCCUCACCGAGGUGGUAGAUUCCAUUUGGGCUGGCUGUAAGACUUUCCUCCAGACAGCUAGAAAAGGAUUCUGUCGGAUAGUUUAUGUGAGAGCCAGAGCUCUUCUGAUACUGUAAAAGGAAAUAAGCUUGAAUUUUAAUUGAUCUCAAAUAUAAACUCUGCUUUUUUCUAAUACUUCAAGUUGGAAAAAAGUGAUUUAAUACAGGAAGUUGAAAUUUCUCAAGCUCAGCUGUGCAGAGACAAAGCGUUCUCCUUCCUGUUGCAUCUGUAUAAACUACAGCUGUAAGUCUUGCUGAGUGUGUAACCUCGAGAUGUUGUGCAGGGAUGUCAGGGAUCUCACUCUGGGGAUGACCCGUGCUCAGACAAAGCCACUACUCUUUGUCCGCCUGUCACUCCAACUUGACUUGUGCUGCGCGGUGUUGAUAUUGUUGUUUUGUACAGCAGCUAUUGUGUUUUUACCAGCAACUAGACAGUCUGGGCUGUGUGUGUGUGUGAGCGGCAGGCAGGUCAUCCUCAGCAGGUGUAACCCUGAUGUGUCCCACAUCAGGGUUACACUAAAAACCAGCCACAAGCACAAAGACAUGUUCCAGAUGUUUGUUUAUUUUGCAUUUUAUAUUUGUUUUUUUAUGUAUGAGCAUUCUGAUUGCAUCUGAAAUGACAAAAAAAAUGACAUAAUCUUUAUUGUAUUCUAUUCUGAUCAACUGCAGGCUAAUAUGUAGGCAUCACAAAGCAAACUGAAACGCUCAUUAAAGGUUGUAGAAAAUAA